UGUUUUAUAGAUUAUAAAUGCUUUGUUAAUCAUAUAAUAUAACUUUUGCUGUAAUUGUAAUGUUUAGCAUAUUUUUGUUGCCGCUUUGUUUAUACACUGGUACCUCGGGUUACAAACACUUUGGGUUACAAACUCCGCUAACCCAGAAGUAGUACCUUGGGUUGAGAACUUUGCCCCAGGAUGAGAACUGAAAUUGCGUCCCAGCGGGCGGCAGCAGCGGGAGGCCUCAUUAGCAAAAGUGUGCCUCAGGUACCACUGUAGUGUUUUCUAGGCUGUAAUUGUUUUUACUGAUGAUUUGUUAGGCUGAAAGAGCUGCUCAAUGCCCCCAUGCUGGGUCUGAAUAGAAAACGCUCUGAAAACUUGGGGAACCUGCAGCCCAGACCUCCUACACACCCAAAGGAGCAGCAAUCUUAUCUCCUUCAGAAAUGUUACUAAAAAUAGCCUAACUGCAUGGACAAGAGUCAAUGUGAAAGCUGUGCAAACAUUCUUUCUUCUCUUCUCUCCACUCUGUGAGAUUAGACGACUUCCAGGUGCACACAGGACUCCGCAUUCUCAGUGAGGCCAGCUUGAGAGAAGAGAACAUGCUGUGGCUGGGUUGCAGUUUACUGCUGGCGGCUCUUGCAGCUGUUGCAGCUGCUGAGAAGUUGGUUGGUAGUGCCAAGUGCCAACAAGAUUCUGUGCCGUGGCAAGUCUCCCUCCAGUCAGUGCACCAUGUCUGCAGUGGGGCCCUCAUCAGCCAAGAAUGGGUGUUGUCCUCAGCUCAGUGCAGCAGGAGCAGCCCAGACCACAUGGAGGUCUGGCUUGGCCUACAAGUCCCUGAGACUCCUCCUAAGGAGAAGCAACAGGUCAUUGCUGCUGCCAAGCUGGUCCCUCAUAAGCAGUUCAACAACUACACACUGGACUAUGACAUCAUGCUCAUCAAGCUUGCACAACCAGCUGUCCUGGGUGAGCUAGUGCAGCCCAUCAGUUUGCCCAGCCAAUGUGCCAUAGCUGGGACCCAGUGCCUGGCUUCAGAAUGGAUCAGCAGCAACUGCAGCUGCUCAGGAUCAACAUAUUUUGGGCUUACAGCUGAUGGAACAGACAACCUUCUGCAGUGCUCCUACCUUCCAGUCACAUCUGAUGCCACGUGCAACAAUGUCUACCCAGGACGGUUCACUGACAGGAUGCUUUGUGCUGGACAGCUGGACAGCAGCCAAGAUGCCUGCAAGGGAGAUGUGGGCAGCCCCCUGGUGUGUGAAGAAGCCCUCCAAGGACUGCUGUCCUGGAAGAAAAGCUGCAGUGAAGAGAACCGGCUGGGGCUGUACACCAAGGUCUGCAUCUUUGAAGACUGGAUCCACUACACAAUUGCCAACAACUGAAGAGCAAUAAAGCCAGAUUGAGCUCUGA